GAUCCUUGGAGCUUGAGUGUGAUGCAAAUCGGACCCCGAAUGCUGAAAUCUCCUGCUUAAGGCGAUUUCUGUGUUGGGCAGGCUUCUUCGUCCCAGUCUGUUGCGAGGUUUGCCUGCAUGCGAAGCAGGGGUUCAACAAGUCCGAGAUCUUGCGAGAGGAUGGUCUGUUGCCACCGCAGCUGGAUGAAUUCCUCACUUUUGCAGAGCUGGUCUGCCGUGUCUGUUUGGCACAGGUCCUCAUGUUCAUGGUCUGGCAAUUUGGCCGGGCACUGGCGCACAACAAGGUGUGUCAGUUGCUGAGCAGUUGCCAGCACUCCACGCCUUCGCGGCUGUUGCCAGCACUGGCUCUUGCGCUCUUCACGUUCGCUAUUGGCGUUUGGGGUUGCAAUGUGGGCGACGAGGGACUGCCGGCAUGGGCAUUGAGCUACAGUCACGUCUGCGACAUCUUCUGCCACGGCAUCGUGGCAUCGGCGCUGAUGGGCCUAGGAUUUGACGUGGUACGAGCAGCACGUGAGGGAUGGCUGUUGAACCUCUUCAAGCAGUUCGUGUUCUGUCAGGACACCGUGGAAGCGCACGGAGUUUCUGGUCGCGAGGGUGAGACAGAGUUUGGUCAAUUCCUGACCCUAUCCUUCCACAGCACGCAGUCUGCCUCUGAAGCACAUGCUGGCCACAAGAGCCUGUGCGACAUUCUGCGGAUCUGCUUCAUGUGGACAUCUUUUCUUUUCAUGCUGUGGGCCUACACACUAUCUGUGUACUUUCCUGGCCUUGCCCCAGAGUGGAUUGGGACAUUCGUGGACUUCGUGGGCAGAUUCUGCUGGGCCGGCAUUAGCUUCUGGCUUGUGUCCUGUGCUCUCAGCAUGCGAGAUACCGCCAGAUGCCAUCGACGGGAAGCUAAUCCCGGUCAAAGCGGCGACCUCCCUACCGCUCGGCCAGACGCUGAGGAUACCGCCGAGGUCGGUGUCACAGCUGGUGGACGACCGCUUCUCACAACCGCGCUCGCCUCCACAUGCCAGGGCGCAGCGAGCAACGACAUGCUGACGCCGGCCAGAUAG